AUGAAGGCAGCUUUCGCUUUAUUGGCUUUGGCCACUUCGACUCUCGCUCAAGGGAUUCAGGAAAGAUGGUAUUCAAGUCCUCCUGGUUAUUCAAGCCCGCCUGGGUAUCCCGUCGAGACUGAUACUACUACUUGGACUACUUAUACUUCAACCACUAUCUGUCCUGUCACUUCAACCACCACCGAAGAAGGAACAACGAAAUGGGUUACAAGUAUCGCUACAUCAACCGUAGUUGUCACUAGUUGCGUUGGAGGCUGCGGUGGAGUUGUCACUGUACCUGGCCCAACUGGAUGGGCAACCACUACCACCGAUGUUAUCGUUACGUAUACCACCACCUGCGCGGUAACGGAGACCGUCACUGCUCCCGGAAAUACCUACACAAAGACAUACACCACCACUUCUAUUGUCGAAACUGCUGUACCCACCACGAUCGUUAACACUGUCACUGCGCCUGACACUACACAGACUGUUGAAACGGGAGUGGUUGUAACUCUUACGAGUCUGUGUCCUAUUACCGAGACAACUACGAUUUCAGGAAAGGAAGAGACAGUCACUUAUACGUCAACAUCAAUGUAUACAACUCACGUUCCUACAUAUAUUGAAGUUACAGCCACUGCUCCUGACAAUACAAAGACUGUUGAGACUGGGGUGGUCCAAACUCUUACGAGUCUUUGUCCUAUUACCGAGACAACUACGAUUUCAGGAAAGGAAGAGACGGUUACUUACACAUCGACGUCAUUGUACACGACGAUCCUUCCCACUUAUGUCCAAGUUACAGCCACUGCUCCUGAUAAUACAAAGACGGUCGAGACCGGAGUGGUCCAAACUCUUACGAGUCUUUGUCCUAUUACCGAAACUACCACCAUUUCAGGAAAGGAAGAGACGGUUACUUACACAUCGACGUCAUUAUACACAACAAUCCUUCCCACUUAUAUCCAAGUUACAGCCACUGCUCCUGAUAAUACAAAGACGGUCGAGACCGGAGUGGUCCAAACUCUCACAAGCCUAUGCCCUAUCACUGAAACUACCACUAUUUCAGGAAAAGAGAAGACCAUAACUUACACAUCUACAUCGUUGUACACAACGAUCCUUCCUACCUAUGUUGAAGUUACAGCCACUGCUCCCGACAAGACGGAAACCGCUGUCACUGGAGUUAUUUCUACAAUAACUUCUCUCUGCCCAGUCACAGAGACAAAGACAGUCUCGGGAAGCCUGGUAACUGUCAUCUACACAACUACUUCAUUCAUUGUCACAAAUGUCGGAACCACCGUCGAAGUAGCAACUACUCUACCUGCGAAAACCACCACUAUUGCAACUGGAGUACUUCAAACUAUCACUAGUCUUUGCCCUGUUACUGAAGUCGAAACCGUUUCUGGAAUCGAAUAUACUGUUACAAAGACGUCAACUAGCCUUAUAGUUACUGAUGUAUAUACCACGGACUACUCAAAAACUACUUUACCGGGAGGAACUAAGACAAUCGAAACUUACGUCUAUCAGACGUCUACUAGCUUAUGCCCAGUCACUGAAAUCCAAACAAUCUCUGGUGUUCCGAUCACAAAAGUAUAUACCAGUACAAUCGUCACUGAAGUCCAGGUUCCUACUACUAUUGUUCAAUACACUACAACUCAAGCUACUGAAUAUAAGACUACUGAUGUAUACGAGACGACUACAUGCAUCGAAAGCGUAUACACAACCAUCAGUGCUGGAUCAACCAUCGUUUUGACCGCCACCCAAACAAACACCAUCCAAGUGACCGCAGUUCACAUCUUGACAUCUACCCUCCCUGCCGCAACUGGCGAAACCACCGUUUAUAUUCCAACCACAAUCGGCCACACCAUCGAAACCAUUGCCAUCGUCACCGUUCCCUCCAUCGUCCGCACCAUCAUCCUCGGAACAACCUACUACGCAAACACAACCCACGUACAAACAUCAACUUACAUCCAACCCAGCACUUUGACCGUUGGGGGCCAGACAACGAGCUAUUUCGUUCAGCCUAGCGUUAGCGUAAGUAGUAUUGCGGCGACCAGCGUAGCUACGAUUGCGCCUAGUGCGCCGGUGGAGGCGAACAAUGCGGGGAUGAAUGCACCGGGGUUGGUGAUGGGGUUUGUGAUGGGGGUUUUGGCGCUUUUGUAG